UCCUUGAGUUUCAGGGAGAUCCUGGGAAGGCGAAAUGGAGGGGUGUGUGUCUAAUGUAAUGGUCUGCAACCUGGCCUACAGCGGGAAACUGGAUGAGUUGAAGAAGAGCAUUUUGGCUGACAAAUAUCUGGCUACUAGAACCGAUCAGGACAGCAGAACAGCAUUGCACUGGGCAUGCUCAGCUGGUCAUACAGAAAUUGUUGAAUUCUUGCUGCAACUUGGAGUGCCAGUAAAUGAUAAAGAUGACGCAGGUUGGUCUCCUCUUCAUAUUGCUGCGUCUGCUGGCCGGGAUGAGAUUGUAAAAGCCCUUCUGGUAAAAGGUGCACAAGUGAAUGCAGUCAAUCAAAAUGGCUGCACUCCCCUCCAUUAUGCAGCUUCAAAAAAUAGGCAUGAGAUUGCUGUCAUGUUACUAGAAGGUGGGGCUGAUCCAGAUGCUAAGGACCUUUAUGACGCUACAGCAAUGCACCGGGCAGCAGCCAAGGGUAACUUGAAGAUGGUUCAUAUCCUUCUUUACUACAAAGCAUCCACAAACAUCCAAGACACUGCGGGUAACACUCCUCUACACUUAGCGUGUGAUGAGGAGAGAGUGGAAGAAGCAAAAUUGCUGGUGACCAACGGAGCAAGUAUUUACAUUGAGAAUAAAGAAGAAAAGACACCACUGCAAGUGGCCAAAGGAGGCCUGGGUUUAAUACUCAAGAGAAUGGUAGAAAGUUAAGCAGCUUGUAUUUAGUCUUUGUAUGUUUUUUUUUUCCUCACUGUCCUGGAAACUAUUGUACUGUACACAAAGCAUCUUGUGUGAAUGAAAACAUUUUCUAACCUUCACAAUCAGACAAUAUGUUGUAUUGCUCCUCCUGCAGUACCUAUUCUAAGCUUACAACCCACUUUCCAGGUAUUGAAAAACUGUUGAGAUUGUUCUACUGAUGCUAUUUCUUGUUCUCCAUUAAAUCUUGAUACUGUGGA